AUAUAUUCGUGCGAUUCAGAAUUCGUUGAAGGUUUCUUCACACCAAAGAGAGGGAAAGUGAAAAAUGUAAACAGUACCGAAGUUAAAGCAGUUUUUUUUCACUUGUAGAAAACCUAUACGUGGGCUGUUUAAUAGUGUCGCAAAGUCAGGAUGACUGCCGAAACACGUUUGUCGUUACUUGACACAUGGAUACAAGAAAAUAACGCCAUAGUUAAAAAGUGGGAGCAACGUGACAGUGUUAUUCAAGACAACAUCCAGACUUUAUUGAAACGAUGUCAUCUGGAAAGUCACAAGCUACUCCGGAAAAUCCAAGGUAUCCCUGCAGUCACAGACCAUGUCCAGUUGGAGCUGACAGUUGUGUAUAACUGCUGUGUUUUCUCCUUAAGUCAGUCACAACUCUCCGAGGCAGAGCAGGUCCUCACACAAGGCUUGAAGAGAGGUCUAGAGAUGUUGGGUUGGGAUCCUCCUCCAGGUGCUGGCCUAGCACAGUUCUGGAGUUACGUUUCAGCCAAGCCUCCGGGAGGCUCAGCUGUACACUCCUGUCUCCAGCAGCUGCUCUGCUUCAGCUGGGCACUCUGGCUGGCCACCUGCCAACUGGCAAUCAUACAAGACAUGCAGGAGGCGCUGAUCUCUCUCUCCGAGGGUCUGGGAGAUGAGGGGGUGGGUGAGAGGAGGAGUGCGGGGGCGUGGAGGGAGAAGAGCGCCCCUCCCAGACCGCAGGUGGUCCUGGACCCCAGAGAGCUGAGGGACAUCCUGCAAAUCUGCACAGUCAUUGCUCAAGGUGCUGAUUGGCUGGUGGAGGGCCGGUGUUCGGAGGCCCUGUGUGUUCUCCAGACUGGACCCUCUCUACCAGCCCCCAGAGUCCAGCUGGCACACACACACUUCCUGUCAGGCCUCUGCCUCGCACGCACGGGUCGUCCCCAGAGUGCGCUCCAGUGCUUUAGGAAGGCGAUGGAGGUGGACUCCAGAUGUGUAUCUGCUCUGCACCAAAGCAUUCUGGUCUAUCAGCAGCUUGGAAACACUCAGGCAGAGAUACAGGGUCUUCACCUGCUGCAUUCAAUGCUGGUGUUGCCACCAGCAGUUGAGUCUGGAAACCCUUUGCUCCGCCCUUCUUCUCUUCCCCGCGGCCAAUCCCUGAGCCUCCUGCUGUCUGUCCCCUCCCCCCUCGGCGUGCUACACAGUCUGGCGUUGAAGAACGUUCUCCAUGGCAGGCUGUCAGAGGGAGCAGAGCUGUACUUGGACCUGCUGGCUGAACUCCAGUCUGGAGACCAACACACUUCUCAGGUGGGCGUCGCCGAUGCCCUGCCCCUCCCAAGGUUAGCCGAGGUGUACCUGGAGGCUGGCUCCGCCCUCCUUGCCGCCAAGCGACCCGCCGACGCCCUGGCACUGUGUGAUGAGGUCAUCAUCACCACUCUGGACCUGCUGCCCAAUAAGAGGCUGAACCUGGAGGAGGAGGAGUUGGGGGAUGGGGCUGAGGCCGGGUCUGUGGCCCUGGGCCGGCUGGAGACAGUGCUCUGGGCUGGCUCUGCUCACCUCCUCCAGGCCCACUGCCAAGCCCACCUGAAGGACUGGAAACAGGCCGUGGAGCUGUACACCAGGUGCAUCAACUUGGUUGUGAAGGUGUGUGUCCUCCAGAAAGACGGGACUCCGGUGCCCCCAGGUGCCGACCCAGCGCCCGGGCGCCACAGGGGGAGCCUGCUAGCCCUCCGCAGGCUGAAGGGACUGGCUCUGGCCGGCAGGGGCAUCAGCUUCACCCAGAGAGACCAGCUGAGGGAAGCUCUGAGGGACCUUCAGCUGAGCCUGCAGGCAUCUGCAGGGUGCAUGCAGGCGGAGCUGUGGCUGGGGGAGGUGCUGUGGAGGCUGGGGAGGAAACGGGAAGCUACAGGCAGCUGGCAGAGGGCCUGGAGCUCCAGCGGGGAACCCCCACCAGAGGGUCUCCCUCUCUACCUUCAGGACCCUCAGAGUGGCCCCUCCCUGGACCCUGCAGACCUGCAGCAAAGGCUGGAGGAAUUCACUCCUCUCUCCGCCCUGGAGGGGUCUCAUAAGGGCCAGGUGGUACCCUACCACCUACAGGACUGACCUGACAACCAGACUCUGGAUCAGGGAUCAAAUCCACCAAUGUUUGUUCGAGCUUGGCACACCGAAUGGAGAAUGUCGGUCUACAAAGUUUGGACCCAGAGUGAAUAUAGAUUUAUUUGGUGUCCCAAGCCCACUUAGGACUUGUUGAAAGCCAGAGCCAGCCUGGAAGAAGAGAUAAGUGUGCCUGUAAUCAGACUGUGUCUGUCAUCACGGAGCCUUGCUAUCAAGGACCCGGACAGACUGAGGACUCGUUUGGGAGGUGUUGCUAGAAUGCGCUCAGUCCUGUAAAUUCUCUUUGCACCCAUUCAAGUCCUGUUCAUUCCACACCAUAUCUUCUGUUGUUUUUCUGGAUGUUGAUGGAGAUUUGUGAUUUAUGUACGUCCUUAUUUAAAUUCUUUGAAGUUUUUAUUAUUAGUGAUUUAUGUGCGUUUCUGUGAUGUAACUGUGCCAAAUACAUAUGUUUUCUUCAGAGGA